AGGACGCAGCCCACCCUGAAAAGUAUGCAGCAGGUAAAGAAGACAGAUCCCAUGGAAGAAGUAACAGUCCUUUGCAUUCUAAGUGGAAUAAUAAGAUCACCCAGGAGGAACCAGGGCUCUAUACUCCUGAACUCCAUCAACUCAAACAACCUCAAGGGCAGGACAGGAACCCCCUCGUAGGAUACCCAAAGAGCACGCCGGAACCUCCCAAGAGGAGCAAUAGCUCCAUGAGAUACCAAAUCCCAACGAAACCAGAGUCAGGAAAUGCAGGCAAGAGAGCCACAAGAAUAAUCUUGAAGAGCAGUACCCACCAGCGAGGUUGGAACUUGAUUAUAUUUCCAGGGGAACUCCCAAAGCCCCCCAAACAAGACAAGGACUGGGGGAUGACAACCAAAACCCGAAGGCUCAGAUUUUCCGGCUUAGACAAGUGGAAGAAGGACGUCCUCAAUAAGAGGACCGAGAAGUCGAUAAGACUGAGGAAGAUAGAUCCCAAUACUUAG